GUGGAUUUAAAGCCUGCAUGGCACUCGGGAACUGCCUGACGCCGCUAUUUCCUUGCUGCGAGAACCGCAGAAAAGUGUGCGACUAGAGAGAGAAGAACUAGAAGGGUGUUAACGCAACGUCUUGACAAAGUAUAACUACCCGAUGGACAUUGAAGCGUUUCGCAAAGCAGGUUAUGAAGCAAUAGAUCGCAUAUGCGACUACUAUAAUACUCUCGAAUCGCGUCCCGUCCUGGCCCAAGUGGAGCCAGGAUACUUAAUUAACAAAUUAUCUACACAUCCUCCUCAAGAAGGAGAAGAUAUUCAGGAGAUCACAGCCGAUUUUCGAAGAUUGAUCAUGCCUGGAAUCACCCAUUGGAAUCAUCCUGAGUUUUUUGCCUUUUUCCCAAGUGGUAGUUCACUCGCAGGAAUCCUCGCAGACUUAUACUCCACUUCAGUUUCCAACCCUGGCUUCAACUGGAUCUGCUCUCCAGCAUGCACCGAACUUGAGCAAGUUGUUGUGGACUGGGUCGCAAAUCUGCUUAGCCUCUCCCCAGCUUUCCUCAACUCCCCUCCUGCACCGGUCCAUGACCAGCCUCCCUCAACCACGGCCUCCUCGCCCAGUGCUUCUCCCCCUCUCACACCUGUCGAAAGCAGCGGCACAUCGCAACCCCUACUUGGAGGUGGGGGCUCCAUCCAAUCAACAGCCUCCGAAAGUGUCCUUGUGGCAAUAAUCGCAGCCAGACACCGUUUCCUCUCUUAUUUCUCAUCCCAUUCCUCCCUUCCCCCACCAUCACACGAAUCCCUUAUCAUAUACCUCUCGACCCAAACUCACUCGCUCGGCCUAAAAGGCGCCAAGUUACUGGGCCUAAACUAUCGAGAGCUAGACGUUGAUGAAGGGUGUGAAUGGGGUGUUAAGGGGCUUGCGUUCAAGAACGCUUAUGACGAGGACAGGAACAAGGGUUUGUGGCCUUUUAUCUUUAUCGGGACGAUUGGGACGACAUCCUCUGGAGCGAAUGAUCAUAUCGAUGAGAUAGGCCCCAUCAUCUCCCAACUUGAUAGCGUCUGGUUUCACAUCGACGCCGCCUGGGCCGGAGUCUCGUUUUCUUGUCCCGAAUUCAGAAGGAAAGGGAAACUGGACGCUAUAAAUAAGUACGCGGAUUCAUUUUGUACGAAUUUCCACAAGUGGGGCUUGGUGAACUUUGACUGCUCGAUCCUCUGGGUCCGCGAUCGUGCAGCUCUGACAGCCUCCAUGGACAUCGGGUCCUCAACUCCAUCUUUCUUGCGCACAACCCAAUCAGACGCCGGGCUUGUCGUGGAUUAUAGGAACUGGCAACUUUCUCUAGGGAGACGGUUCAGAAGUAUCAAGUUGUGGUUUGUGUUAAGGAAUUUUGGAGUGAAGGGGUUUAGGGCACAUAUCAGGAAGGGAGUUGAAUUGGCGGAACUGUUUGAAAGGUUGCUUAAGGGUGAGGAGGCGGUGGAAGCGGUUUGUGAGGGGAAAAUGAAGAGGGAGAACAUGUUCGAAAUGGUAACACCCAGAGCACUAGCUUUGGUCGUGUUCCGGCUCAUUCCUCCUCGCCCUUCCCCUCCUGAGUCGCACAAUGCUCUAAGUCAGGAAACUUUGAACGCGCUUAACAUUACACUUCACCAAAACCUCACUCAUCCUCCAACACCUCCCCCUUUAGCUUCUUCUUUUAUCCCCGGCAGCGACCCGAGUGUUUCCAGUAGAAAUCCCCCCGACUCUAGCUUGGAAGACGCCCUUUUCAUCACACGAACCGAAUUAAAAGGAAAGGUUUGUUUGAGAAUGGCUAUUGGAGCAGAGAGAACGACAGAGGUUCACAUCCGAAAGGCCGUGAAGAUCUUGGAGAGGGUUGGGAGGAGGGUUCUGAGGGAAGCAGGUUUUGCGGUCGGUGAAGGCGACCUCGGUGCAUGUGCAGCCGAGACCAAAUCAGCUCAAACGGAGUAAAUUGGUGAAAACCGUUGAUCUCGCUUUCUAUUUUCUUACCUUGGCCCGAGGUUUUGGCCAUCGUUCAUUACCCUUCCCCCCGACUUGUUUGUCCGAAUAGUUUAUCACAGGGGGGUGAUUUUUCUCCCCUUAACUUCUUUCCUACUCCCUGCUUCCGGUUUGAUCGUACAAUGCGAUACCGCUUCUCAACUGACUCAACCAGCUAGUUCAGAAAACAUUUGGUUAACCAAUGUUAUCGAUGUCACAACUGAGAAUG